AUGAACAAUCGCGUCAGUCUUCAUCGCUUCUACAGAACGUUCACGUCCUCAGAAACAGGCCUCAACGCCAGUCUGCCUGUACGCCUAGCCAUCAUCGAGUUUUACUUUGUCCGAUGGACGUGCAUUCGCAGCCAGCUGUCGGGGCUGUUCAGCCAUCCUUCAGAAGCAUUGAAAAGGGAAUCGCUUGCAAGGGGCGGCGACAGACCAUGUCUGGGAGAUGUGGCAAGUGGGGAAGAUGGGGGAGUUGGGGGAGAGGACGAUGCAUGGACUGAGGGACUCGAAGGAAACGCUGGGGAGCGCCAGGCAGUAGAAGGUUCUUUUGGACGUGUGUUGGGGCAGACAGGGCAUCCGCUGGGGUGGUCAUCUAUAUCGACGACUGCAAAACGUGGAGAUAUCAGAGGAACUCAGGCUCUUGCUUCUGACAAGGGGCAUGCUGCUGCUGCAGCGGAGCCCGAGGAGUCUGCGGAAACGGCUGAGGAAAGUUAUUCGUAUGGAGGAAGAGGCCUUCUACAGCAACCGCAUCCCCGAGGAACUUUCCAGUCUAGCCUAGGCGGAGAUGACGGGGCAACCGA